AUGAAGAGCAGAAGAGAGGCCCCGAACGGCGGUGGCGUCCUACAGCGGUACAAUGCAGCACCGGACGGAGUCGGGAAGCAGCAGUACACUCUCGGCUCCACGGCUGCUACAAUCGAAGAGCAGACCAGAGAGUCUGUACGCAGUACCGCCAAAGGGCGCGCCUUGUUUGUGAGUAUCGUCGAUACAACUCUACGGCGAGUCGACGCGUCGGUGAACGGCACUUACUACUACCAGCACAGCGUGAAGCGUAACUUGUCUGUACUGCCAGCACAACUCUUAGCUUUUCAGAGCGUGGCUGGAGGGGCCGAAUCUGGACUAUCAGGAGCGCUGGAGCGCGCCUCGUCCGUGCGCACCAUUGAUACAAUAUCAGGCUUGUCGAGGCAUCGUUGGACGGCCUUUGUUCCCAGUUUCAUAGGCGUGAACCGUAACUCGUCUGUAGUGCCAGCACAACUCUUAGCUUUUCAAAGGCAUCGCUGGAGGGGCCGAAGCUCCGUUUUCAGGGGCGCUGAAGCGCGCCUUCUUUGUGAGUACCUCUCGUACAAGCCUUGA